CUACCACUCAUGACCCCUUCUUGUGCCCACGUUUACCCUCACCAGCUGUGAGAACUCAUUCGCGGUAUCUGCUCAAUUUCCUUUCAUUUUCCUACGAAUCCAAUCUUCUGAAAAGUUGAUUUGGCGCGUUUGGAAGUCUCUUCGCUCCUUGUUUACGCGACAUGUCGGAAAAAGUACCAUUAAGGUUUCGACCAACUUCGCGUUAUCCUACCCUGCCUCCAGCUUCUACGGGAAACUUAAACGAAAAUGUUCACUCAACAGGGCCCAAGAGACCAGUAGAACAACACCGACACCAUGUCGUCUCGUCACAGCUCGCUCCCGAGCCUGUUGUUCCCGUAUCGAAUAGUUAUAGUGCUGCUCCUUCAGAUUCUACCCACAUGGAACGAAAAGCUCCCUCUCAAGUUCCCAUGAAGGACCAUGCGAACGUGGAGGAUGGUUCGAAAGGACGGAAACUGAACAUUCCACGAGCUCGUACGAUUCGUCACGCUCAAAAGCGUAUCAGUUAUGUGCCGUACGGUGGUUUCGACGAUUUUUUGGACUACUACAGUUCGAAAGACGUUGUUCCAGAGCCGAAUAUUCCUGAAUCAAGUGAGGAAGACACUAGUGGUGAUGAAAGUGACAUUCUUCCUAGUGUACCGGAGACUGGUUAUCCUGAGGUGCUACACGAAGUUGAUGGCGAAGCUACAUGGUCCAGUACAUCGAGUGAAACGGAGCCCUCCGUGCUUCGUAACUCGACAAACGCUCCUGCUGCGAUAAAUCAGCGUCCGCGUGGACCCCCAGUUCCGCAGGAAGCACCCUUCGGAGCACCUACCGGUUCACAUGCAAACCAAAAUGUUUUUGAAGAGCGUGGCACUCGUCGACAAACUCCUGCACACGCAGCACCUACUCCUGUACCUGCUUCAGGUGCCAAUGGCCGUCCUCGUGGAGGACUGCGUAACCUUCCUCGCUCUCCUACGCCUCGCACACGGGUUGUACGAAACGCUGCUUUGGCUGCCGCUGCUGCUCCUGCACCCAUGCCUGCCCCGGUUGCAGCAGAAUCACCAUUCCAUGUUGCAGAACGGCCCGCGCCCCGUUCUGCGCAACAUUCAUCAAAUGGUGCUCCUCAUCCGAACUCUCACAGAGCACCGGCAGAACGUGGACAACUUCCUCGCAAUCAGCACCAGCGUUUACCGCCGCAUGAGGCAAAUGCUCAACCGGCUGCUCAUUCGUCGCCAGAGAUCCAUUCACCUACCCCACGUUACCCUGUCUCAAAGCGCAAGGUGCAUCCCAAUGGUGCUAAUAACUCAACGAUUCCUCCUGUACCCCCACUGCCUGCUACAGUAAAGGCACAAGCACAGCCGGCGAAAAUUGUGUCUCCGCCUUCAAUUGCCAGUCGAACUUCCAUUCCAUCUCAACCUUCGACGUCUUCGCUUAUCAGUCACACCUCGAACCCUAGCUCGUUGAACGGAAAGAGUCGGGUCUCAUCUACUAGCUCAGAUGCCAUUCUUUGUCACCCAGAUGAUAAAGUGAUUGUUCCCGAACCUGAAACUGUUACACACGAGCAGGUUAUGCACUAUGAAGAGAAGAUGUUCAUGGAAGGAACAACACCCCAAUCUGAAGUGCAACUUGCAAAGUACUACUUGCAGGCCUUGGAGGCUUUGGAAAAUGCUGCUAGUCCUUCGGAUCUUGACCCUACUGUCAUCACUAUGCGAAAGCAGAGUUAUACUGCUCGAGCCAUCGAGUUGCUGAAGCGUAACGCUUUUCCCAGUAAAACUAAGGACAUUGUGCCCGAGGCACUUUUCCUCAUCGGUCAGUUUAACAGUAGUGGUACUUUGGGCUUCCGAAGAGAUCCUGUCCGGGCUUUUGAUUUGUAUAAUCUUGCCGCAAAGAGAGGUCACCCUCAGAGUAUUUAUCGUGUCGCUGUUUGCCUGCAAACUGGUACAGGUGUAAAACAAGACUAUCAAAAAUGUGUAGCUAUGUACAAACAUGCUGCUGAUUAUGCAGUUGUGGAAGCUAUGUACAAGAUUGGACUCAUUCAUUUGCACGGAUUGUUUGGGGAACCAAAGAAUCCCGCGUUGGGUAUUCAAUGGCUUCAACGCGCAUGCAAGCCUAAGGGCCAGGAUGCUGCUCGGGCCAUGUAUGAUUUGGCACAAAUCUAUGAACAACCUCAAAAGUACGAAACCUCGGCCACUCCAAAAAUGAUUUUUGAGCUUUAUAAACAAUCGGCAAUUUACGGAUAUCCGCCUGCACAGUAUAAGCUUGGAGAAUGCUUUGAGCACGGCUAUUUGGGAAUUAUGCCUGAGCCAAGAAGAAGUAUCUUCUGGUACACGAAAGCAGCCGAAAAUGAUUAUCCUGAAGCUGAACUCGGUUUAUCUGGCUGGUACCUUACUGGUGCCGAUGGUUUGUUGCCCAAGAGUGAGCAGGAGGCGAUGCUUUGGGCUCAUCGUGCCGCUACAAAGGGUUUGGCUAAAGCUCAGUUUGCUGUCGGUUAUAUGAUGGAGAAAGGUAUUGGCGUUCCUGCUGACCCUGCUGCAGCCCACUCUUGGUAUCUUCGGGCUGCAAAUCAAGGCUUCAAGAAAGCUAAGGCUCGUCUUUCUGAACAGGCGCUUGCUCAAAAAAAUGCAACCACAUCGAAUGCCGGUAAUAAGACAUUGAACAAAGUUUCUUCAAACAGAAAGGCACCUGUCAAUGAUAAAAGGAAAGAUAAGAAUCAUGAACAAUGCAUUAUUGCUUAAACACUUCUCGUGCUACGUUGAACGCAUGCACGCUCUUUCAUUCUGUAUCCGUGUGUUUCUUUUCACCCAUCGCCGGAGCUUUUCUGUUUCUGACAAUUUGUUUCAUUUUUUUUUCUUCAUUCGAAUCUGCUUUUCAGGAUUAACAUUUGCGUUCCAACCUUCUUUCGUCUUUUACAUUCAUGAACAAACCUAUUAAACUUCUACCUUACGAUAACGCAAAUACCUCACAACGAGUCAUGUGCAAUUUAAUGCAAGGAGAAUUGGCUCUCUUUGCAUUGUGUUCCGUUUAUUACUCUUCUGCCUUCUUUUGAAAUAGUACAUGCAGCUUAUUGUCCCCCCUCAGUUUUACAUCUGUUUUUACAUCGCGUAGUGUCCACCAUACAAGCAGAUACGAUGCACCCUUUCCUUGCUCUCCCCUCGUCUUACAGUAGUAGUAGUUCAUGGGUGUCAAGUUUACUCAUUUAAUAAUACAACUUAACAAUCUUUUC